AUGGCUGCCACAAAUUUAAUCCAGCCGUACGUGUUUGAGCCCUCUGAUGAUUCAGAGGAUGAAGCAGAAGCCCUGCCAGCUGAAAAUGAUUCCUUUCAGGUGGUCACUGAAUGCAUCACCUCCGCGAUUGGGGAUAUGUUUUUGUGUAGCAAAGCUAACUGCUUGGGGUUGGGGUUAGGGGUGAGGAAGGGUGCACAUUACGUCCCCUCCCCGCGAGCCGACACCGGCACCAGGCCCGGGGGGCAAGCCCGGCCGCUCACAAGCCGCCUCUUUCUGCGGGGCAAGCCCGGCCGCUCACAAGCCGCCUCUUUCUGCAGCUCCAUGAGCUGCAAAGGCUCAGAUUGUCCGGGCUCUGGAGCCGGUCAACCUGAUUCGAGUGCUGCUGGGAGCCCGCCGGGGGCAGAGCCUCCGCUGGGUCGCAGCCGAGCGACAGCAACACAGCCCGCCAAGGACAGACCCAGAUCCUGCUUUGCUGUCACCUUCAACCUGCAGUUGCAGUUCUGGCGGAAGGCGGAGAGCUACGUGUCCAACAGCAGCAGCUCCUCCUCUGGCCAGGAGCACAGCUUCGCCUUGCUGCUGCGCCAGUCCCCACUGAUGACAGUCCCCGGGGCAGCCGUGUUACAUCUGAUCCUCUUCUCUGCUUCACCCUCUCAGGUGGAGACAGUAUUCGGUUCCCCCAACAUGACAGUGGCUUAUCACGUGACUGGAGGGGACAUGGUUUACCCUCCCUCUGUAGUGCUGGAAGGCUUGGACUCCUAUGGCCGUGAUAAGCUGAUUUCAGACCUGCGACAGUACCUCCCCAUGGUAACAGCCCUGCCCAUCCCAGUUGCAUUAUGGAGAUCCAGCCCAGCCACUGGCUUCCAGCUGAAAACAGUGCUGCAGUUCGUGGGACCAGGCGAUGAUCCUCGGUCCUGUCGCUUCUCUCAAAUGAUGGAGCAGAGGCUUGAGAGGGUGUUUUCUGAGGCGCAGGCCAAAGUGCUCAACACCAACAGCAGGCUCUCUGUUCAGAUGUUGAGUGUCUCCCAGGCAGCAGGCUCUCCUGCUGUGUCAUUGGUCUACACUGUGAGGAAUGGGACUGUCUUCCUUAAUGGCACCACUGCCUCAAACCUCCUUGGUCAGCUGUCAGCUGAGCUGGUGGGCUACUUCCUCUUCUAUCCGCCACUUGUCAUUGCUGAGCCACUGGAGUAUCACAAUCUGAACACCUCCGUUGCUACAAGAGAAUUCUGGGUUAUUACAGUGAUCCAGGAUGUGGAUAACGUCAGCCUGGAGGGACAGUACCAAAGCUUUGCCAGUCUAAUGGAGCAGCGGCUGGCAGAGCUGUUUGUGUUGGCAGGGCAGCAGGGCACUCGUUUCAGACGAGCCACUGCUGUAGGCAGCUACACUGUCCAGAUGGUGAGCAUCCGUAGGGUGUCAGGGUCGAAGAAUCCCGCAGAGAUGACCUACUACAUCCAGCACAAUGGCGUUCCUUUAUCGGGCACGUCAGCUGCCAAGCUCCUGAACACAGUGGAUUCUCAGACCAUGGCGCUCACUCUGGGCUAUUUUGUCCAGCUGCAAGCAGAACCUGUGGUCAAGAACCCUCCUAAUAACCUUUGGAUCAUCGCCGCAGUGCUGGCCCCCAUCGCUGUAGUAACACUCAUUAUCAUCAUCAUCACAGCUGUGCUGUGCAGGAAGAAUAAAAAUGACUUUAAAGCUGAUGCCAUCGGCAACCUCAAUCCCCGAGCUAAGAUGGCGUAUCGGAGAGAUGUGGGCUAUUAUCACCAGCCGGUCCAGGGCUUUGACUAUGCCAAGCAGCACCUGGGCCAACAGGGAGGAGAUGAAGAGACCCUGCCUGCCAGUCAGGAUACACUCGUGAUGUCUCUACAAAUUCGGGACACGCCACUUUCCCUUGAAAAAGCCCUGCAGCAGGACGGAACUGCCAACAAGAAAAGCCUCACCUCGGACAAACACAAGAGCAAGUUGCCGAGUGAGGACGGUUCCGUCAUCAGCAACGAAUCAGAGAAGCUGAAUUCCGGCAGGGGCUUGACAGUGCUGAAAGUCACAGCGCAGCAGAAACUGACAAAGGAGGAGACGCGCAAGAGGGAUGAUCCAUAUGACACCUCCUCUGGCUCCCUGCAGCUCAUUUCAAUAAAGCCCAUGGCGGCUCAGCCCCACUACACACACCCUGCAUCCUCUGACCGCAGCCAGGACUCCGCCAUCGUCAAUGGAGAGGUGAACUUGGCCCUGAAGCAGAAGUCAGACAUCGAGCACUACAGGAACAAGCUGAGACUGAAGGCUAAGAGGAAGGGCUAUUAUGACUUCCCCUCCACAGACGGCAGCAGCAGCGGUCGAGCCGUGGUGCAGAGACAGCGGCACGGCCAUGAGAGGGCAGCCGGUGAGCAUGGCAGACCACUGGAGCCUGAUGAUGAGCGAGGUUCCACUUAUGUCAAGUCUCACAGGAGGCACUCACAGGUCGGGCAGAUGGCCUAUCGCAGCAGACAGAGCCUGAGCAGUCCCAGUCCUGGAGGAACAGAGAUGGACCUGCUUGUUAUGAGGGAGAGGCCCAGGAGAGGCAUCCGCAACAGUGGCUAUGAUACUGAGCCUGAGUUGAUUGAGGAGACAAAUGUUGACCGUCUAAUGGGGCCAAGGGGUUACAUGUACGGCCGGGGCUUGAAAGGCCACUCAGAGACAUCCACUCUGAGCUCACAGCCGUCCAUUGAUGAAGUGCGACAGCAGAUGCACCUGCUGCUGGAGGAGGCAUUCAGCCUGGCUUCAGGGGGGCAGUCCACAUCCGGAAGGCACUCCCAUCACCACCACCCCCCUCCUGACCACUACAGCAACGCACCGCCUCCCCUCCCCUAUGCAGACGUGGUGACCAGUGCCCCGGGUACAAUGAGUUGUGGACGGGGAGGCCUGCAGUGGGUACCAUCUUAUGGCGCAGAAAUGUAUCAAUGCAGCCUGCCUAAACCGGCCUUUCGCUUCACCCAGCUUCCUGAGAUGGCCAUGGGUUCUCCUCCCCCUUUACCGCCUCGCACUGGACCUCCUCCUGGGACCUCCUUAAGACGUUCCACUUCUGACUUGGGGCCUAAGGGAAGGAGCUCAGAGACAUCUGUCACUGAAAUGCAGAGUCAACAUGACAACAACCCAUACGGGCCAACAGUUAGAGCGGCACUUCCAUCUAUCACUGCAGAGCAGCCUGUGUCCAACUACUCAGGAAACCCAAUAACAGCCGUCUACGCCAUCCCAGCCACCAGGCCCGGCUACUCAGAAUACUUUGUCUCCACACCACCCACCUCCUACCACAGUCCGUCCUGGAUGUCCUAUCCACCUGAACCCGAGGAUGUGCCGCCACAGUGGGCAGACUCUGUGCCCCUGCCUGGGUAUGUAGAGGCUUUUCCUCAUCCUCGCUACCCACAGGGGAGCCCCACCAGGCUGCCCCUGCAAUACAACCAGGCACUGGAGCAGCCGCCCACUGCCCCUAGCACAGCCUCCCAGCAAAGCCUGCCCCAGGUGGUGAAGGACAUGGACAGCAUGCCCCUGAGCAGCCUCUCCACCUCUGCACUCGUGCAGGCUAUUCGUCAGGAGGUGGCCAAGUUGGCGAAGAAGCAGAACGACGUGUUUGAGUUCUAGUUUGGAUCCUUGUGUGUGCGGGAGGUGGUUAACCGUGCGUUGGUCUUCAACAGAGGCACACGAAGGUGGUGCUGCUUCAGACUGAUUUUUGAUGUUUGUACUGUACAAUGGACUUUACCCACUGAUUACCCACCGAUUGAUUUCUUUUCACACACCAUUGGUGUUUUGCAGCUCCUGACUCAAAGAAACAGAAAAGAUUGGGUUUGUUUUUUUUAGAAAAUAAUUCCAUCCUCUAUCGAUGAUGUCCCAAGUAACUACAUGCAUCUCUCUCUGUAGAUAUGUCAAUAGGAUACGCUAAAUAUUGAAACUAUAAUUUUUCCCCGGAUUAGACAUGUUUUUCGUCAAUCAGCAUCAAUCGAGAAGAGAGAAAAAGUAAAAUUGUUGUCUGUACUGAGAGGACCAAAAACUUUGAGUCAGAUGGUAAAAGUAUAAACCACAGUGUAUAUGAGCAUGUACAGUAUUAGGGAAUCAUGUAUCUUAUCUCCUUUUAUAGACCAUUAGUUUCAACAAGACCUACUGCAUCAGUAUCGGUUCAUUUAAGCAUCCAUAUCAAAUCAGACUACCACUUUAUUUCAUUUGAGGUCCUUCAGUUUAUUUUCACAUCACAUACCAACACCAUGAAAGUAACAAGAAACACUGACUGGCCUUGGUUGUCUAAUGAUUUGUAGAGAUUUAAAGUAGCUCCCGUUAUUUAACAAAUUGACUAAAUACAGUACAUACGUAUCUGCCUUUUUAGUUGAACAUGAUGAUGUAACAUAUAGAUGGAAACAUUUGCCUUUUACUAUCUUAAAUAGAAGGAAGCAUUUAUCCUUAUUUGUUUGAGUGUGCAUAAGUUUAUACACUUGUGACUGAGUGAAUACUCACAAACUUUAACUUAACAUGUUUAUUCUUUUCUUACAGACAACCCCACACAGAAAAGUUAAAUGAUAUUUGCACAGAGUAGCAGUUUUAUAGCCAGCCCAGUGGCUUAAGAUGAUGCACAGAUGAUUCAGUGCACAUACAACCCCAAGACCUUUGUCACUAAACAACUGUCUUUGCUGCUGGAAGUAGUGCCGCCGUUUCUUGUGACGUUAAACUACAAACAAGGUGAAUCUAUUGUUUGUUUACCGGCCUUAAGACAUCUUAAUGGUCUCAAUGGGUGCAUUUCAUGAAUGAAAUACAAAGUUCAUGUAAACUAUUGACCUAAUGAGAGGUCCUACAUCAGUACUCCUGUUCUAAGAAGUUUUAAGUGCACAAACCUUUGUGUAACGUUGUGAAUGUCUGCCUGAGCGUCGACUCAGAUUAAGUGUACAGUACAGUUUCGUAAGCGCCGUGUUCAAUGUGGAGCAUCAGCGCGCCCUGGAGUCAUCCAGUUUGUAAGGUGCAAAAGGGCGUGUAUGCUGAGGUAGACAUUUACAUUAAAAAGCAAAUUCCAUUAUCGCGAAUUUGCUGCUUCUUUACAUUAGUCGUCGAUCUCAAUAAUGUUUUAAAUCAUCCACACAGAUCAUGAGCUUUCACCUACCAAGUGACAAUAUAACAAUCAUAAAUCUCAACAUGUAAGAAGAAAUUAGAUUAAAUAAAAGACAUUGUUAAAAGCCAAUAAUUAAGGAUUAGGACCCAGACACCAGACAUGAUUCAAAGUACAAAGUUACAUGUUAAACAAAAGACCAGGCCCUCUGAUAGCCACUGGAAUAAACCAGACAUGUAAGUGCCAGAAUUAUUUCAGCAGUGACAAGAAGGAAGGAGGUCAACUCUUAUUUUAGUGGAAGAUUUGGGCAUUCUAGGAUCCAACUGACCCGUCUGAUGGUGUGCUUUAAUUAAUAUCUUGAAGCUGCACUUCCUUUAUCUGACCGUCUUAAUCAGCUUUGUCACCCUAUUUUAUUUGGUCUGCUUUUUAAAUCAGACUGCGGCCGUCAUCAAAGGGCAGUGCACAAAACAAAGCUAUAAACUAUUCAAUAAAAACUCCCAUGAAACAAAAGUCAUUAAAUCAUCGCACACAUGAAAGGAAUUCAUCUUUCUUGGAAAAAGACUCAUACUCAUAUUUCACUGUGGCAUAAAAAGCCUUCAAUAGGUUAUGAUGAAUUCUUAAUGCAGAAUGGCUGGCUUGGGAAUGGAAAGUGGGACUGAGGGCAGAUGAGUGCAUGUAGGCCUAUAGCAGGGGUGCUGCAAUAUUGUUUGCGUGAACAUUCAGAUGCUAUAGAUCGCCUACUUUUACUAUAUUAUUGCCAAUCACAUGGAAUGCUUUGCUGAUUAUUAUAAUCAAUGCUGUCAUGAGACAGGUUGUGACAUAAGAAAGACAACUAUGAGUGAAAAUGCCUUUAAAUCAUUGUUUGGUUUGGUAGAACAGUAUUGCUGCUGUUACAGCAGUCCUGGAUGAAUUUAGCCUUUUUGCAUUAUGACUUUUAAACAAACCCUCCCCCUCUUCUGAGAAAUGUUCUUUUCUACUCAUGCCUGUUGGUGUCUAAGUAGGUAUAAGGAAAUACUGUAUGUCUUAAACUCAACAAGAACUUUGUUGUUGCUUGUUUCCCCAAUAUUCCUUUUACCCAUUAUUCAGAGGAGCACUUAAUGUCUUAAGAACUGUACUAAAUACAGUGAAACCAUUUUUUUUGUGUAUACCAGAAGUGAACACCUUUCCACAUUCUCAUGCUGGAUAACUGAGAAAACUUAGCGAUAUUAAAUAAAAAGGGUUUUAGGUGGUUUAUCGGUUUAGAAAAACGACAAGUAUUUAUUCUAUAAAAUGAACUAUGAAGUGAGCUAAACCUAUUAAAAGUUAAUGUCUUUUUGUCUUCCUGACUGGUUUCUAAUUUCCUUUUUUUCAUCUGCUUGAUCUUGUUAUAUUUGAUGUUCCUCAGAGAUUGAUUAGACGGAGAGACCGCGAGACAGAUGGAGAAUGAGAGAAAUA